UUUGUGAAAUAUUUUAGGUUCCCUUGCAAACCUUGAGGUGAAAAAGAGCUAUAAAUGGGUAGCUGUUCUCUAAGUAACAUCUAAAUUAUUUUAAUGGAACGCCCUCUGUUAAGUUCCUGGAAAGAAAAACGUCCACAAGGCCUGGAACAAGAGCAACAACCUCCCUUGUUUCACCACAAAAACUUUCACAUGGCCCAGUCUCUUGAUUCCGGAGACAAAGCAGACGUAGUUGUCGAGAUUGAGAAUGAGAACGAUACGGGAAAAGAAAUUGACAAUGCUUCAAAACCCAGCUCUGAAGCUCCAAGAAUUAGCUGGCCUCCAGGUCCGGUCAAUAAAUCCAGAGUUUCAUUUGAACAAGUAUUUACGGAAGCUGUUCGGCAGAGAAGAAAGGACUUGCCUUUGCAACCCAAUGAAACAAGUCAACAGUCUUCAGGUUCGCGUGUACCAGAUGUGUUGAUGGGAAGUCCAAAUAUAUCUCGAAAAAACACAUGGAGAUUUUUGGUGGACAAGACAAACUCUAGAUUAUCAGACCCACCCGAGGAAGAAUAUGAUACGUCUGGAAAAGUUGACGAACAUGAAGAUGAUAUUGAAGACAUUCCAGAAGACUUAAAAAAACUGAAGUUUAAUGCAUUGAGCAUCCUUCAAUGGGUAAGUCUUUUUUUUAUUAUAGGGGCCUUAAUCUGUAACCUUUCGGUUCCUGUUAUAAAAAGGCAAAAACUGUGCGAUCUUCCGUUAUGGAAAUGGGAGAUUCUUCUUUUGGCUGUAAUCUGUGGACGUUUAGUCUCUGGUUGGGGAAUUCGAGUUGUUGUGAUCUUUCUUGAACGUAAUUUUCUUUGGCGAAAACGUGUUCUGUAUUUUGUUUAUGGGCUUAGAACGGCCGUGCAGAAUUGUCUCUGGCUGGGACUAGUUUUGUUUGUAUGGAACUGUAUCUUUGAUCGCAAGGUGGGGCAAGAGACGAAAAGCAAGAUCUUGCCUUACGUGAGUAAAAUUCUGGUAUGUUUCUUGGUGGGUACCUUGAUAUGGCUCUUAAAAACCUUGCUUGUUAAGGUUCUGGCUUCAUCGUUCCAUGUGAAUACCUUCUUCGAACGAAUCCAGGAAGCUUUGUUUAGUCAGUACGUGAUAGAAACGCUCUCUGGUCCACCAUUGCAUAAGAGACAUAUCACACAAGAAGGAACGGCCGUUCCGGAGAUUCAACAAGUUCAAAACGCUGGUGCCAGUAUGCCUGGUGACCUCGGCACAACUCUGCUUCCAAGGAUUGGAAUUGGGAAACCAGAAAGAUGCCGCUCGAUUGGAAAAAAGCCAAGAUUUUCUAAGACAAAUUCGAAAAAACAAGAUCAUGAGAUCCCAAUUGAUCACCUGCAUAAGAUGAACCAGAAGAACAUAUCUGCUUGGAACAUGAAGAGGAUGAUAAAUAUCAUCAGCCAUGGAGCCUUGUCAACACUGGAUGAGCAGAUACUGAAUUCUGAUAUGGAGGAUGACUCUUUAAUGGAAAUAAAAAAUGAAUUUCAGGCUAAAGAGGCAGCUAAGAAGAUAUUUCAGAACGUGGCUAAGCCAGGGAACCCAUGGAUAGACUUGAACGACUUGAUGUGCUUCAUGGAAGAAGAGGAAGCUAAAAAGACAAAGAGUCUCCUUGGAACCCCCUGUGAAAAUGAGAGAAUCAGCAAAGAGUCUCUUAACAGCUGGCUGGUUAAUGCAUUCAAAGAACGCAAAGCACUUGCAUUGUCUCUCAACGACACAAAAACAGCCGUGGACGAACUCCAUAACAUGUUGAACAUAAUUGUAGCUCUCAUAAUUUUCGUAAUCUGGCUCGUUAUACUUGGAAUUCCCAUCGCUCAUUUCCUCGUCUUCAUAAGCUCCCAAGUUCUCCUGGUGGCGUUCGUCUUUGGGAACACCUGCAAGACAGUUUUCGAAGCAAUCAUUUUCUUAUUCAUAAUGCAUCCAUACGACGUCGGUGAUAGAUGUGAAGUGGAUGGAGUCCAUAUGACAGUGGAAGAGAUGAAUAUAUUAACAACUGUGUUUCUCAGGUACGACAACCAGAAGAUCAAGUACCCCAACAGUGUUUUAGCCAAGAAGCCAAUUGGUAACUUUUAUCGCAGUCCAGAUAUGUAUGAGAUUAUUGAAUUCUGUGUCCACAUCUCGACUCCGUUGGAGAAAAUUUCCACCCUGAAAGAAAGAGCAAUAAGACACGUAGAAAGCAACAGGGAUCAUUGGCACCCAGCUCCAAUGAUGGUGGUGACGGAGGUUGAAGACAUGAACAAAGUGAAGAUAUCAAUGUGGCUGCAACACAGACUCAACUUUCAGCAGGCGGGCCCGAGAGCGAUAAGGAGAGCACAGCUGAUUGAAGAAAUGAUCAGAGCCUUCAAAGAUCUUGGCAUUGAAUAUCGUAUGUUGCCACUCGAUGUGAACGUCCGCAAUAUGCCAACUUUGGCAUCGAACAGGCUCCCUUCAAAUUGGACUGCUUGUGCCAAUGGUAUCUAAAUCUUUUACCCAGGCGGAAUGGAGGCUGCCAACCGUUGAACUCUGGCCUCGAAAUAAACAGUAGACUUGAUGAAAGUGAUCAUAUAUGUAGUAAAGAUAUUACAUAUCUAUGAUCUCAAACAGCAGAAAAUAAAACUGAAAAAUAAAUUUCAAUCGUCAAAAUGUUAUAUAAAUUUGAAGAUUGACGCAAGCUCCAA